AUGCCCCAUUUUACAGUGGUACCAGUGGAGGAUAAUAGCCAAUCAAACUAUGACAGUUUGGAAGGGAUCAACUGGGUUGACUACAGAGAUACGGGGCAGGCUUACCCAGACAAUAAUGACACAGUGAGUUCUGAUGGCCAUGGAAACCUUAAAGAAGAUAGUCCUUUCCUGAGUGUGACAGACUCAGCGAAGAGAAAUGACUUCUAUGACAAGAACCUGGCCUUAUUUGAGGAGGAGCUGGACAUUCGGCCGAAGGUGUCCUCCCUCCUCAGCCGGCUGGUCAACUACACCAACAUCACCCAGGGGGCCAAGGAGCACGAGGAGGCCGAGAGUGCCGAGGUGUCCAGGAAGAAGGUGCCGAAGUCCCCCAGAAUGGGCAGCCUGAUGGGCGUGUACCUGCCCUGUCUGCAGAACAUCUUUGGGGUCAUACUCUUCCUGCGCCUCACCUGGAUCGUGGGCACGGCGGGAGUCGUUCAGUCCUUCCUGAUCGUUUUGAUGUGCUGCUCCUGUACAAUGCUUACAGCCAUAUCUAUGAGUGCCAUCGCAACUAACGGUGUGGUUCCAGCUGGAGGCUCCUACUUCAUGAUCUCACGCUCCCUGGGUCCUGAGUUCGGUGGCGCUGUGGGACUGUGCUUUUAUCUGGGGACCACCUUUGCUGCAGCCAUGUACAUUCUAGGUGCCAUUGAGAUCCUGCUGAAAUACAUCGUCCCGCAGGCAGCGAUAUUCCACCCAUCCGACGGGCAUGGCGGCGGCGACGGCGCUUUGCUCAAUAACAUGAGGGUGUACGGCACCAUCUUCCUCAGCUUCAUGGCUCUCAUCGUCUUCGUAGGGGUCAAGUACGUCAACAAGUUUGCUUCCCUCUUCCUGGCCUGCGUCAUCAUCUCCAUUGUGUCAAUAUAUGCUGGCGCCAUCAAGUCCAUUUUUGACCCCCCAGAAUUCCCGAUAUGCAUGUUGGGCAACAGGACCUUGGUCAGAGACCUGUUUGAUGUCUGUGCAAAGACAGUGAUGAAGAACAAUGAGACUGUGGCCAGCAAGCUGUGGGAGAACUUCUGCAACUCUGGGAACAUGACUACCCAUCAUUGUGAUGAGUAUUUUGUCCAUAACAACAUCACAGAAAUCCAAGGCAUCCCUGGGCUGGCCAGUGGCAUAAUCAGAGAGAACAUGUGGAGCUCCUACAUGGACAAGAAUGACAUUGUGGAGAAAGCCAGCCUGCCCUCGCUGGACGUUCAUGGCUCGAUGGAGAAUUUCUACCUGUAUGUAUCGGCAGACAUCGCCACCUCCUUCACUGUGCUCGUCGGAAUCUUCUUCCCAUCAGUCACCGGUAUCAUGGCUGGUUCAAACAGAUCUGGAGAUCUGAAAGACGCACAGAAGUCUAUCCCUGUGGGAACAAUUUUGGCCAUCACUACAACAUCUCUAGUUUACCUCAGCUCAGUGGUGCUGUUUGGGGCAUGUAUUGAAGGAGCUGUUUUAAGAGACAAGUUCGGGGAUGUGGUGAGCAAGAAUCUGGUGGUAGGAACGCUGUCCUGGCCAUCGCCAUGGGUCAUCGUCGUCGGCUCCUUCUUCUCCACCUGUGGCGCGGGACUGCAGAGCCUCACGGGGGCCCCCCGCCUCCUGCAGGCCAUCGCCAAGGACAACAUCAUCCCCUUCCUGAGGGUGUUUGGACAUGGGAAGGCCAAUGGAGAGCCCACCUGGGCCCUGCUGCUGACCGGCCUGAUCGCGGAGCUGGGCAUCCUGAUCGCCUCCCUGGACAUGGUGGCUCCCAUCCUCUCCAUGUUUUUUCUGAUGUGCUAUCUCUUCGUGAACCUGGCAUGUGCUGUUCAAACACUCCUCCGAACCCCUAACUGGAGGCCAAGGUUCAAGUACUACCACUGGGCUCUGUCCUUCCUGGGUAUGAGCAUGUGCCUGGCCCUGAUGUUCAUCUCCUCCUGGUAUUACGCCAUUGUGGCCAUGGGCAUCGCUGGCAUGAUCUACAAAUACAUCGAAUAUCAGGGCGCGGAGAAGGAGUGGGGCGACGGGAUCCGAGGGCUGUCCCUCAGCGCCGCUCGCUACGCCCUGCUCAGGCUGGAGGCCGGCCCCCCGCACACCAAGAACUGGAGGCCUCAGCUGCUAGUGCUGCUGAAGCUGGACGAGGACUUGCACGUGAAGUACCCCCGGCUGCUCACCUUCGCCUCGCAGCUGAAGGCCGGCAAGGGCCUGACCAUCGUCGGCUCUGUCAUCCAGGGCAACUUCCUGGACAGCUAUGGCGAGGCCCAGGCAGCAGAACAGGCCAUCAAGAACAUGAUGGAGAUCGAGAAGGUGAAAGGCUUCUGCCAGGUGGUGGUGGCCGCCAAGGUCCGGGACGGCAUCGCCCACCUGAUCCAGUCCUGCGGCCUGGGGGGCAUGAAGCACAACGCCGUGGUCAUGGGCUGGCCCUAUGGCUGGAGGCAGAGCGAGGAUCCUCGCGCCUGGAAGACCUUCAUCAACACGGUUCGCUGCACAACCGCUGCCCAUCUGGCACUGAUGGUGCCCAAGAACGUGUCCUUCUACCCCGGCAACCACGAGCGCUUCACCGAGGGGCACAUCGACGUGUGGUGGAUUGUCCAUGACGGAGGCAUGCUCAUGCUACUGCCCUUCCUCCUCAAGCAGCACAAGGUUUGGAGAAAGUGCAAGAUGCGCAUCUUCACUGUGGCCCAGAUGGACGACAACAGCAUUCAGAUGAAGAAGGACCUGGCCACUUUCCUCUACCAGCUCCGGCUGGAGGCAGAGGUGGAGGUGGUGGAAAUGCACAACAGCGACAUCUCUGCCUACACAUACGAGCGCACCCUGAUGAUGGAGCAGAGGUCUCAGAUGCUGAGGCAGAUGAGACUGUCCAGCGCAGAGAGGGACCGAGAGGCCCAGCUGGUGAAAGACAGGAACUCGGUGAUCCGCAUGGGCAGCCUGUAUUCCGACGAGGAGGAGGAGGUGCCAGAGCCGGUGGCGGAGAAGAUCCAGAUGACCUGGACCAAGGACAAAUACGACGCAGAGAGACGCAGCAGAAACAAUGCGCCCGAGAACUUCCGGGAGCUCAUCAGCAUCAAGCCGGACCAGUCUAAUGUGCGUAGAAUGCACACAGCAGUAAAGCUGAAUGAAGUGAUUGUGAACAAGUCUCAUGAUGCCAAGCUGGUGUUGCUAAACAUGCCCGGGCCACCAAAGAACUCGGAAGGCGAUGAGAAUUAUAUGGAGUUUCUGGAGGUGCUGACCGAAGGUCUGGAGAGGGUGCUGCUGGUGCGAGGAGGAGGAAGAGAGGUCAUCACCAUUUACUCAUGAAGUCACUCCUGCUAGUAAGCUGGGCAACCCAGAACAGCCACUUUGCUUUUUCGCCGUCAGGCAUCACUGAACACGUUCUAUCACGAGUGAGGAUGGAAAAUCUACCAUAUACCUUUGUAGUCUAUAAUUGUUACAAACUUUUUUUUCUGUUAUUUAAAGCAAAGAUUUAGAUGUCUUUUUAUUUCAAGACAAUAUCCAAAUGGGAAAAAACGUUUUUGCUUUGGAUUUUGCCGGACUGCAUUGCCUUUCUCCAAGAUGCAUAUCUUGAUACCAGGAGAACUUGACGAGGUGCUCCAAUCGCAGUAAAGAUUGCAGAAAUUCUGGGGACAUUUUAGGACGUUUCCUCUUCAUGGAAGAGAUGCACAGACACUUUUACUUUUGUGUGAUUGUUCUAAAAGUUUUUGUAAUACAAGUAGGAAGUUCAGUUUAUGAGCUAGUAAUGCCCUUCUGAAUUGCAGCAACUACAGGAAAGGUUGUUUUGAUGCGAUCUCUCUGCAUUAGCUCUUUGCUUUAAGGUGUCAUAGUAGCAAACUGGCCUUCAGCGUUGGUGAUGACACUGCCUUUGUUCUGUCUGCCUUUUGUACCCAUAACAAGAUAGAUAUGAUUAGCUGGAUCAUUCUUGAUCAAAUCGGCAUUUGUGCAAGAUUGUCAGUUCUGAUUGGUCUUAUUUAUUUUCUUAUUUAUUAGCUGAACGUUCUUCCCAAAUAACAUAAAAGACCAGGUGUUGGUAAAGCAGGAAGAGCCUGUAGGGUAAGUGUGGAUCAGCUGGAGUGCAUACAUUAUUGUUUGCACAAUAGUGCAUGUGGUAAGACAGCUGUGAGGCGUGAAGUCUCUGUGGGUGCAGUAGAUAAUUGGUCCCAUCAAAGCUUUAUCAAGGCAUCAAGGCAUUUUAUUUCUACAGCUUUUAUAUCUGCAAAUUCUUAACAUUUUGUUUCACGUUUUUUUUUUGGCUCCUAUUUCCAAUGUACCGACCCUGAAACCCAUGCAGAUCACAGCCACCUCCCAACCCUGAAUAAAGUAAAAUCUACCAUCGGCAGACGUUUUCAGAGAUACGGUAAAUGGCGCACAGAAUAACAGCAAAUAAAAAAUGUGAAAACAU